CCAUGGAAAUAAAGAAGUGUUCUCCUGCCGAGGUAUCCUUCUAGCUGUCCAGUGGUUUUGGGACAGAGGACACAAGGAUAUUACAGUCUUUGUGCCAUCUUGGAGGAAGGAGCAGCCACGACCAGAUGUACUUAUAACAGACCAGUACAUUCUCCGUGACCUUGAAAAGAAGAAAAUUCUGGUCUUCACUCCUUCCAGGCGGGUUGGAGGCAAGCGUGUCGUCUGUUAUGAUGAUCGAUUCAUUGUGAAACUGGCACAUGAGUCUGAUGGCAUUGUGGUUUCUAAUGAUACUUAUCGGGACCUGCAGAAUGAGCGUCCUGAGUGGAAGAAAUUCAUUGAGGAGCGUCUGCUGAUGUACUCCUUUGUUAACGACAAGUUUAUGCCUCCAGAUGAUCCCUUAGGGCGACAUGGCCCCAGCCUGGAUAACUUUCUCAGAAAGAAACCUGUAGUGCCAGAACACAAGAAACAACAGUGCCCUUAUGGGAAGAAAUGCACUUACGGAAUUAAGUGUAAAUUCUACCAUCCUGAAAGGAUCAAUCAGCCCCAGCGCUCAUUAGCUGAUGAACUCCGAGCCAAUGCAAGGUUGUCUCCUACCAGAAGUACCGGUGCCAAGGAGGAGAAAAAGGGCAAAAGAGGUUCCCAGGCAGAACUCUUGUGCUCUGUGCCCACAGAGGGUGAUAAAAGCUCUUUGCAGAAGGUCUCUGCAGAGAGAAAGAGCUUGACCCACAAAGCAAAGCCCAGCGAUCUUCUCCUUCAGGUCAAAGGCUGUGUGUCAGGCAGUGUCCCUCCUAACAGUGGGAGCCACAGGUCCUCUGACAGGUACCAGCAGCCUCAUAUGGACUCUCUGUCUUACAUCUCUCAGGAGCAUCUCGACUCAGGUAUUGGGUCUUUGGAGAACCAACUGUCUGACAUGUGGCCUUACAGAUCUACCAGUCACUGUGAUCAUUCCCAUGCUGAUCAGGUGGCAGUCUGCACCUGUGGUAGACAGAGACCUGUCUACCCACAUUCUCCCAGCUUAGAGCAAAAUGCUAAUGCUGGACAAUACAGUCUGCCCAGUGAGUAUAACACCCCUCCGCCUCCUUCUCGCGAGUACUGGUCUGAACCAUACCAGAUGCCCCCUCCUCAAGUGAGAUCUACCAGUGUGCGAGAUCCUCGUUCAGUGCAAAGAGCCCCAGGGCCAACCUACGGGGACUCCUGCCAGUGGGCUGUCCCUGACCAGUUCGCAGAGGAGCGGGCCAACGUGCACAUCAAGCUGUGUGGCAUAUUCCAUCCCCAUUUAGUUGAUGCUGUGAUGAGCCGUUUCCCUCGGCUGCUCGACCCCCAGAGGCUGGCUGCAGAGAUCCUGACGUACAAGUCCCAGAACCCGGGUAUAUGA